AGCCGACAGCACAGAUGCUCAUGUUCAGCGGUUUCCUGCAUCAGCACUUCGUGGCAGUGAGAUUUAAUUCGCGGGUGAAUGACAUGAUGAUAUAAUGCGAAAUGUUUGGAUGACCUUCUCAUCGGAAGCGCUGGGAAUGACAAUGUCUCCAGUUUGUCCAGUUUCACUACAGGCAGCUGAAAGCCGCAAACCAUAAAGCGACUCUUCACGGACGAAUGCCUUAAAUAUUAUUGUCAUGAUGGACUGUCUAUCACGCAAUGCGUACUGGCCUCUUAUUCGCUUUCUGCUGCCGCUAGCCAUUACAAAUAUAGCCAUCGACUUCGGAGAACAGGCUCUAAACAGGGGCAUCGCUUCCGUGAAAGAGGACAGGGUUGAGAUGUUGGCUAGCUAUGGUCUGGCAUACUCACUUAUGAAGUUCUUUACUGGACCCAUGAGUGACUUCAAAAAUGUGGGACUCGUGUUUGUCAACAGUAAGAAGGAUAGAACCAAGGCAGUCCUCUGUAUGGUUGUGGCUGGGGUCAUUGCCAUCAUCCUCCACAUCCUAAUAGCUUACACAGAUCUGGGCUACUACAUCAUAAAUAAGCUCCACCAUGUGGAUGAUUCAGUAGGAAGCAAGACAAGAAAGGCAUUCCUGUACCUCGCAGUAUUUCCAUUGUUAGAUGCAAUGGCGUGGAUUCAUGCUGGCAUCCUCCUCAAGCACAAGUACAGCCUGCUAGUGGGAUCUGCCUCUAUCUCUGAUGUUGUUGCACAGAUAACAUUUGUGGCGAUUCUUCUCCAGAGUAACCUGGAAUGUUUAGAGCCUCUUCUCAUUCCCAUUCUCUCUCUGUACAUGGGAGCGCUGGUGCGGUUCACUAUCGUAGGACUGGGCUACUACUGUAACGUCCACGACAAUAUUCCUGAGUCAAGCAGCAUCGAACAGGGGGGCGACACCACUGUAAGGAAGAUGCUAAGUUUCUGGUGGCCACUUGCCCUCAUUUUGGCCACUCAGCGCAUCAGCAGGCCCAUUGUCAAUCUGUUUGUCUCUCGAGACCUCAAAGACAGCGCUGCAUCAACCGAAGCGGUAGCAGUACUCACAGCAACAUAUCCGGUUGGUCACAUGCCCUACGGCUGGUUAACAGAACUACGUGCCAUCUAUCCAGCAUUCGAUAAGAAUAACCCUACUAAUAAGUUAGCCAGUGGUCUGACAGUCACCAAAUCACAUAUCAAGAGGUUCACCCUUUGCUGUUUUCUCCUCUCCUUAACGAUGUGUUUCAUUGUAUUCUGGACGCCUCAUGUUUCUGAACGCAUCCUGGUAGAUGUCAUUGGGGUGGAUAUGGCCUUCGCACAGCUCUGCAUCAUUCCACUGCGAGUCUUUUCCUUCUUCCCUGUGCCUGUUAUGGUUCGAGCUCAUCUGACGGGCUGGUUAAUGACGUUAAAGAGAACUUGUGUGCUGGCACCUAGUUCAGUUCUACGCAUCGCUGUGCUCAUCACCAGCCUUCUGGUGCUGCCUUACAUGGGAGUGCAUGGUGCCACACUGGGAGUGGGGUCUUUAUUAGCAGGAUUCAUGGGGGAGUCCACCAUGGUCGCAGUGGCUACCUGUUACGUAUACCGAAAACAGAAGAGAACCCCAGAAGCAGAAAUGGUUGUGGAGGACAACUCUUCCCCGAUGAAUGAAGCCGCCUCCAGGACCAAGUUAGAUGUCACUGAAGAGGCUGAGAAUGAGCAGGUGGAAACAGAAGAUGAAUGAAUCAAGGCAUGGAAAGAAAAACAUAGGUGGAAGAUACAUGUUUUCCUUUCAUUUGCAGAUGAAGUGCAGUACAAUGUCUUGGGAUUUGACGACAAGAAGCAACUAGUACUUUAUAAUUUUUUUUUUACAUUUCUACAAUCUCUCCAUUACCCCAGUGGAAUUGCCAGCUUGAUUGAUGCUUGUAUGAGGUAGAAUGAGCAGAUUUGCAUGUCUACAUCAACUGCACUCCUGCACUCAGGCAUAUUUACACAGAUGUCUUCCAAAGUUCCUGUUCUGCAGCCUCUGAACAUUUUUGCCAAAAUAGACCAUUACAAUCAGAAAACAAAUCCUUGCAGAAAGACUGCACCAAGAACAGGCUUCAAAAAUGUGUUUUAAUGACUGAACUAUUAUCUGAGCUUUGACCCUGAGACAUACCGUCCGUUUCCUCUUGCCUUGAGACGCACAAUGAAUAGUUACACUUCUGAGUGUAUUAUAACUUGCUCAAGAGGAAUUUAUUUUACUGACUUGGGGCACAUACUAGAUUUGAUUGUGUAUGUCAGUUGAUUUAUUUUUGUAUUCACGGCACAAAUUCAGGUUUUGUAUACUUUGCAAAUGUCACUAUGGAGAUAUUUAGGUCUGAAGAUCACUUCUAUGUACAAAAGACUGUUUAUUUGAGCUUUUGGGAAAGCAUGAACAGAUCAUUUCUGAUCAGAUCUGAUCCAGUAUUUUGUGUUGGGACCACAUUAUAGAAUCCAUUUUCUUUUUUUAUUUUCCAGAUCUUAGAAAUUUACUGUAAGUUUCACUUUCAAUAUCUAUUUUGUCAAAUUAUUAAAUGGAAUGCAGUUUUGAGGUACUGGUUUACUUUAGGUGCUCGUGUUACUCGGUGCUUGUGGUCUAAUGGAAUGACAGCUCAUAUGUCAGCACUUAUGAAUGCUUUAUGCUUAUUAAACUAAUGUUGUGCUAAA